CUCCAACCAUAGCCCACACCAAUUAUAUGCUCCCAAAUUCAUUUAAUCCAUCUCCAUAGCCAUAUAUGUCUUACCUACUCUAUUUAACACAUUAAACGAAACUGAUCUUAUGCACAACUCUGAAGUUCUUCCAACAUAAACACAAUCUUCAACCUCUCAAAAUCUCCAAACCCUUUCUUUCAAACCAAAUAUAAUCUUUAGCCUAGCUACCAUAUCAAUUGAGAUCACUUGAUUUGGAGUUCGAUCACUAAUUUUAAGCUAUACAAUUAUUAAGUUCUGAAGAUGGGAGGCAUGUGGGAUAUGUUGAAGCCAGCUUUGUUAAUGGUUUCGGUGCAAAUAGUAUUUUCAGCUUGCAAUGUUCUUUACAAACUUGCCAUUUUUAAUGGUAUGAGCACCAUUGUUAUUGCAGCUUAUCGUAUGGCCUUUGCUGCGAUUACUACUAUUCUUCUUGCUCUUAUUUUUGAAAGGAAGAGGCCGAAGAUGACAUGGAGGGUGUUUAUCCUUUCACUUCUAAGUGGAUUAUUUAUUGGAACAUUAUUCCAAAAUCUAUUCUAUGGAGCUCUGGUUUUGGCUUCAGCAACUCUUGUAUCAGCUAUCUACAAUCUUAUUCCCUCCAUCACUUUUGUCUUGGCUGUAUGCUUCGGCUUGGAGAAAUUAAAUUGGGGAGCAGCAACUGGAAAGGCAAAGGUGACAGGAACUAUACUUGGACUUGCUGGGGCUCUACUUCUGACAUUUUACAAAGGAGUUGAAUUUGAAAUUUGGCCUUUUGAAAUCAACCUUUUGGAUCCAACAAACAACGAAGUAGGACCUAACGAAUUAGAACCUAUCACUGAAUCUACCUCUGAAUUGUUAGGUGUUCUAUGUGCUGUAAUUAGUUGUUUUGCUUUCUCUAUCUGGCUCAUAAUUCAGGCUAAGAUUAGUGAAGUAUAUCCAUGUCCUCAAUCAAGUAUAGCUUUGUCGUCUGUAUUAGGAACAAUACAAUGUGUUGUUUUUGGUUUUAUUGUUGAGAGAGAUUUGAACCAAUGGAAGCUUGAUUUGGAUAUCCGGCUACUGACCGUUGCUUUUUCGGGAAUUGGAGCCUCUGGAAUAAUGGUUUUUGUCAUGGCGUGGGUUGUCCAGACGAAAGGCCCUAUAUAUGCGUCGGCUUUCAACCCUCUAAUGCUUUUGAUUGUGGCUCUCGUCGCAUCUAUGAUUUUGGAUGAGAAGUUAAACUUAGGAAGUAUACUCGGAGGAGUGUUGAUUAUAUGUGGCCUAUACACUGUAUUAUGGGGUAAAGGAAGAGAAACAAAGAAGAGUGUACAAGCACCCUCAGAAACCAUUCCCGAUUUCGAAGAUACUACGACACCAUUGUUGAAUCCAUGAGCAGCAACCUAAUCAGAACAUGACCAUUGCAAUCUAAGUGAAAUUACAAUGCAUAAUUAAAAAUGUUUUAUAAGGAGAGUAAAACAUGUUUAUAGUGAUGGUUGCAAAUAAUUGUGCUUUCCUUAAGAAGUAUAAUUUUCUCUUAGACAGGUGAGGAAUAUAAAUUAUAUGUGUGUUUGUAUGAUAGUAACUUUUUUUUAUUGUGGUCCAAAAUCAUUAGUGGUUUGUAAACAUUUUCAUGAAAUUUUUGGUUUGAGUUGGUCUAGUUGCAAUGUAUACGGAUGAAUGGGGUACAUUUUGUUUGAAAA